GACGAAAGAUAUGCGCAUAGAGAUCGAAUAAGAUUGAUUGGUUAUCGUAAGCGCAUUGGUGGGGGGAGGGGAACCGUCGCACGACGGGUUGUGGUUGGUCGGUGCGGUAGCCUCGGGGUGCUUUGGAGGUUAUAACGAGCGUCCGGCGAGGAUCGGGUUUUUGUUCGUGGGUUACCGCGCGGGUGGAUCAGAUCGUUGGCGGCAGACGCGUUUCGUCGUUGCGAACGGAAGGACGCGCAUUGGGUUUGAUACGGGUGGCGGCGCAUCUACCGCAGCUACCGUGUACACGUGAAUUCGGGCCGCUCACGCGUUUUACGUACGGCAAAGUGAACUCGAUGUCGAUAAUAUGUCGGCUACGAGCAACGUUAGGACGACACGGAUGCACAGGAUGGCCUGUCGGGCCGUUUGACGAUUAUUUAUGAAUUCACGGAAAGAUCUGAGGAGAGGAUAUUCACGGUACAACUACAACAACAAUAACAAUAACAACAUGGUGAAGGAGAAGGCGAAUUCGAUCCGCAUGUACGACGCGGAGGGCUAUAGACGUAGGGCUGCUUGUAUCUGCGUCAAGAGCGAUCUCGAAGAUGAGGUAUUACUAGUUACAUCCAGUCGAAGACCCGACAGUUGGAUAGUGCCAGGCGGCGGCGUCGAACCCGAGGAGGAACCAGCUCUUCGCGAGGUCCGGGAGGAGGCUGGCGUUUUAGGACAGUUAGGACGUUACCUUGGCACAUUUGAGGUUAUAACCCGUGAUAACACAGAGCACAAACACCGAACGGAUGUAUGGGUUAUGCGGGUGACCGAGGAGCUGCCGGAGUGGGAAGACUCGCGCGCUAUCGGCCGGAAGCGAAAGUGGUUCACCAUACCAGAGGCCCUGCUGCAGCUUGGUCAACACAAGCCCGUCCAGCGCUCUUACCUACACAGCCUCCACAAUACCAAUCCACGACAUAAUCCCACCUCUCAGCUGUCCAAUCAUUCGCACUCCACGAUGGCGUCUAUCGAACUAAUGAAUAACUCUAGUAACAAUACCCAUUUGAGCGAACACAGCUAAUAUCGUCGCGGAUCAAACCGGUUUUUUAAUCCAAAAUUCGACCGCCAUGGAUUCUCUCCGAGCAAAAACUCGCUGUUACUUCUCCCUUCUUCCCUUAAGGGAAUUCACUAUGCAACUACUGUUGUGUUUUAUAUAUAUAAAUUGAUAUUAUCUAUGUGCUUAUAUUAUAUUCCUAGGUUAAUUACUAUGAUUAUUAUCACGUUUAGUCUUAGAUUGUUGAUAAAUCGGUUCGUGAAGGAGCAUCUUUUCUUUUUUGUAAUCAUAUUUUCAUUUCUGAUAUGACCUUUCUUUAUCGAACGUGCGAGAAGAGUGAUUAAGUCAAUUAUUUUAUUGUCAUUAUUAUUUAGUGUUUGUGCCUAAUAUACGUAGAAUGCCAUACACGUGAUCCUUUUCUAUGUAUUGCAUAUCCUGGCUAUACAGCUGUGCGAACUUUUUCUACAUUUUGUCGAGGCGAAGCGGAAAAGUUGCGUUGUACUUGUUAAUAUACAGACGAUAAAUUAUGUACUUUGUAUAUUAACUUCUUGAAUAAAUUUUGUAAUGAUUUCUGCGAAUAAGAUGCGCGCGGAGCUGCUGCUCUAUACCCUCCGUCUAUAGUAAAAAAAACUCAAAUUUUUGCAGACGUAACAUAAGUUUAUUAAUAUUUCGUUGUUAACAGCUUAAGUUUCUCGAAUAACGUAUGACUUUAGAUAUCCAUAAUUUUCUGUAUUUAUUUUUUUUUGCGAUACUUUGUGAUGACAAAUUUGUAUAGCUUAGGUUUUCUAGAUUUCUGUGGAAGGAAAGGAUCUAAGGAGAAAGUGAACAACUUUUGUAGUGUAGACUAAUA